CCGAGCAGUAUUGAUGCUGGCAGCUGCAAACACACACAUUUUCAUUGAUUGCCCUAUCCAUAGAUCCUGUUAUUAUUUUGGCUUGCAUGCAUGCAUACUCGUACAGUAUUAUUGUAGAGAAGAAGUACUGCUACAAAUCUUUUAGUAAACCUGCGAUAAGAGAUUUGCUUCCUGACUUUCUACCCAUCUCACCCAUUUUACCAUCUUACCAUUCUACCCAUUCUCUAAAUUCUCUACGAGUAGAUUCUCUAACAUUCCUUUCAAGAUAAUCAAUCAAACUUCCAAACAACCAUCUUCCUUUUCCACAUUCGACCUUGAAGCUUCUCUUUCAUUCCCAUAUCCCAAAAUCUCUAUUACAUCAUCUUGUAAUUAAAAGAGGUUCUAUUAAUCCGAAGCUUUGGUACCUACCGAGUUAACAAAUUUUGCCUACCUCGAAACAGCUCCUCAAAAACCUCCACAUCAACCAUUUCCUCGAGUCGAACUCAAUACAACAUUGCGGUUCACACCACAACGUUUUUCAGCACAUAAGAUCUUUGAGUUGGAAGCUUCUCAAUCAAUACAAAACGAUGUCUAGUGUUAAAACCAGACGACAAACAGCUGCCGCUUCUUCACCAUCAACUCCCACGCCCGCAGCUCGUGAACAAGUCAUCAUGAAUGGCAAUGGUAAUGGUUCGGCACACAAGUCGGAAGAGGCUGUGCAUGUUAAGGAAAACAUCUUUCUCUUCUGGCCCAAUGUUAUCGGAUACUUUCGAAUCGUUCUCGCAUUGGUAUCUCUAUACUAUAUGCCCCUUCAUCCACGUACCUGCACUCUUCUCUACAGUAUCUCCUGCCUUCUCGAUGCUCUCGAUGGAUAUGCUGCCCGCUACUUUGAACAAUCUACAAAAUUUGGUGCGGUAUUGGAUAUGGUGACCGAUCGUUGUACCACCGCCUGUUUGCUGGUCUUUCUUUCUUCCGCCUGGCCUCGAUGGGCUCUGCUUUUCCAAGGACUCAUCUCGUUGGAUUUGGCUAGUCAUUACAUUCACAUGUAUGCGACUCUUGUUAUGGGAGGAGGAGAUACCAGUCAUAAGCAAGUCGACAAAUCUCGCAGUUGGAUUUUGAACUUGUAUUACACAAACAAGACUGUCCUCUUCCUCUUCUGUGCUCUUAACGAAAUUUUCUUCAUCGCCCUCUACCUCCUUUCCUUCUCCUCUCCUCUGCUCUCACCAUCUCUCCUCCAAGUUACCGACAAUGGCGAAGCAGCAAGCACACUCGUCCCCGGAAGCCCCUCCAAUCCAUCUGCCGCAUCCCUCUUCGCUAAUCCCUACAGCGCCGGCGCAUUGGAACUUGCACGCGCAAAUAAGAUGGAUUCCACCUGGCCAUGGAUCAUUGCCGGAAUCUCAUUCCCCAUCAUGGCAGGAAAACAAAUCAUCAAUGUCGUACAAUUGGUCAAAGCUAGUCGAUGGUUGGCCGAGGGAGACAUUCAAAUGAGGAGAGCAGCUGGAUUACCAAGACAGAUAAAGGAGAAAUGAUUGACCUUGCGACAGGAGAUCCUUUUUUCUUUUCUCAAUCUUUGUUAGAUUUAUUCUGUUCGAGUCUCUCCGACUCAUUUGUGUAUUGUUUCGACUUUUCAAGGUCCUCUUUGCACAAAUCUACACUUCGCAUGUGUAGUUGUAUCAGAUAUUUUGGCUCAUGUAUAGUGCCGGGUUUUUGCAUCGAUUCAUCUAUUUGAUUGACUGUUUGUUCAUUCAUUCGUUAUAUUUAUUUUGAUAUUAUACAAAUAGGGAGCAUAAGGUAGAAGAGGAAAUGGCGUCGGGAUUCAUUUGCAGCCAUCUAAGUCUUAUAUGAUUGAUAGGCGUGUGAAGUUGGGUCUGUAAUGGGAAUUGAAUUCUAUUCAAUAUAAUGAUAAUAUUCGACUGAUUUUGGAUUGUUCAAUGUAUGUAUGUAUGUAUGUACGUGUGUGUGAGAAUAAGUAUGGUGGAUCCACAUAUUUAUGUGAAGUGAUUGACAAUGUAUGUAUGUAUGAUUGUAGUAAAGUAAAGAAGGUGGGAAAAGAAAUUGUGAGACAUGCAUAUAUGCAUGCAGAGGUACUCUAGGUGAAUCAAUUGAUGUAUAUAGGGUAUGGUAUGGUAGGACUUGGGAGUUGUGAGCGUUGGAUUCUUGAGUGUGUGAUGGGGGGAAUGGAUGGAUUGUGAAGAAACGGUGAACGGUGAACGGUGAACGGUGAAUGGUAUGUAUGUAUGUGUGUAUGUAUGUAUGUGUAAUGUUUACCUAUUGGUGUUUAUUGGUGUUUGGAUGGAUAGAUGGAGCAUUUGGAUGGAGUCUGGACUUGAGAUUGUGGUCGCGUGAGAGGUUUGGGAUUUGGGAUUUGGGUGUGAUGGGGUGUGAUGGAUGGAUGGGUGGAUGGAUAUGGAGAUAUGGAGAGGUGCGGAGAGAUGUAGAAGUACGUUUUUUGGAUUUUAUGUUUUGAUGUUUGAUAUUUGAUAUUUGCCUAUCAUAUCAAAUGAAAUGGGGUGGGAUGAGAUGGGACAAGAUGAGAUGGGACAAGAUGAGAUGGGAUACGAUAGUAUAUAUAUAUACCUAGGCAUGAAAUAUGUAGAUUGAUAGA